UACCACGCACCUUCUAUUGGUCAGGGAAAAAUCAGUAGUAAAUUGAUACAAUAAUGGUGUAUUUCCGCAAGUAAAUUAAUUGUAUUGUUACAGUAGCUUUCUUGAGAUUUUGUUCACAUUCACGGCAGAGUAACGUUCUUCUUGUCGUAGAGGGCGUAAUAAAUACAUAUCCGUGAUGAGAUGAGUUCUAAGCAUCUCGUUAAAAUUCUGUGAAGGCGUAUUAUCGAAGCUCCUAUGUUCACAGUGGACUCAACUUGGUGAAAGAAAACAAAAGGCGUAAGAGGAUAGGUUGUUAAGAACGCAACGCAGGACUGCAAUUGACGCCGAAUCACGUUUGUACAUAGCUGCUGGUCUGAGUAAGUUAUACUGCCAUUAAUGCAUUUCAUUUUGAACAGACGAAUUUCGUUGAAUUUCAGGAAAGGACUUGAAUUGCUAAGGAUUUUUUUCUUUUUUUAUUGAAGCACACGCAAUAUAUUAUGUUGUCUUCACUGACAAUACUGGUAAAUCAAAAGAUGUGCUUACUACUGAAGACGUUUGUUCUUGUCGCAGCCAUAACGCUAGUCAAUGGAAAUUACUGGGAACAGCCUGGUUGUCACGUUGUCGGUUACACAAAAGAGGUCCGCAUACCUGGAUGUCACGUCGAAUACGUCCAAAUGAAUGCAUGUCGGGGUUACUGUAUGUCCUAUUCAUUCCUAUCAUCACAAGACACUUUACAGAGAAGCGGAGGACUACAAGUGUUUUCAUCUUACGGUUCAUGUUGUACUAUUGGACAAACUCAUGAUGUAAAUAUUGUUCUGCAAUGUGUAGAUAACCAAGUGUACAGGGACACAUUUCGGUCAGCUAGAACAUGUGAAUGUUCUCUGUGUGACGUCAGUGACUGAAGAGGAGUUCGCCGAGAGAUACUGUUAGACUUAGUCCAUCGAUAAUACCUGUAUGUUUUGUUCCUCUGUGUCCAUUUUUAAAUUAUUGGAACAUCGUGACGUCACGUCAACAAGCACAUGAUUUUACACGUCAUUACUUCUAUUGAAAAACCAUCUUUAAACGGCAAUGCAUAUUUUUAUAUAACAAAAUAUCGAGUUUAUUCGUCCGUUGAACAUUCUGUAGUAACUGAUACGAUUAGGCUCCGUCAUACUGCGCCUACCCCACUCGUACACUCUACACCACAUCUCAGCAAAGGAAAAUAUGUAUUACCGCAUUUUCUGAUAAUAUUUGAGCAAUCAUCAAAUAUUUUUAUGUAAUAUGAGAUACAUUGCACAAUCUUUUGGCAUGGAAAUGGAGAUAAUUUCAAUUGUCUACUGUACAUUACGAAGACGAAUGUGGAUAUCGUUUGAACUUGAGUGGCAUUCUUAUUACCGUAAGUGGUCGAUUAUGAAAUACGACAUUAAAAUAAAAUGUCAAGCUGUUUCUAAACAACAACAUAUUUGGUAAGGCGGUGUACAGGCGUUUCAACGUAAGGUAUCAUGAUGUAUUAAAACUAAUAAACUCACGAUUAUGAUUGAUAUAGUCUUAAAUCCUGGCAGACGGAUUUAUGUACGAUUGAUAGGCCUAUGUAAUUAAUGAUCAUGGUAAUAUUGUUAUCUAUGCCAUAUCACGUUUGAAGCUUGAUACUACACGUUCGAGGGUAACUUAAGCUUUAUUUAUUAGACUAAUCAAUAUCUUUAUGAACAUAGACAUCAAGUUAACGUGUAAAGCCCAUGCAGUAAGUUGGUCGUGUACACGGUGGCCGGAUCAAUAUUCACUGUUGAAGAGUUUGUAGUUUAUGUUUCGAUUUAUGUUUGUUAUUUUAGAAAUACAUCGCACUUAAAGAAAUGUCAA